UAGCAUAUCUAUUUUCUCAGAAGAUUCUUGCCCCGGAUAAGUUUUUCAUGAUUCGUGGAAACCACGAGUUGAGACCUGUUCAGAAGAUGUUCCAUUUCGAAGCAGAAUGUACCCAGAAGUUUGGGGCUACCAUAGGUCAGCAGGUAUGGGAGGCAGUCAACUGUUGCUUUGAUGCCAUGCCUAUUGCUGCUGUUGUCGAUAAUAAGAUAUUUUGUACACACGGAGGAGUACCAAACUCUGAGGGCGGUGUUUGUACGUUAGCUGAAAUCAACAAGAUACCGGUCCCUCUGAAAGAUCCCGAGACAGAGAGUCAGCUGGCCUGGGAACUCAUGUGGAAUGAUCCUCUCAAGAGGGACUUCUUGGAUGAGGAUCAGAUGUCGGAGAUGAAAUCCAACAACGGCUUCAUCUUCAACAGUCGUCGCGGUACAGGUCACAUGUUCAGCUGUGAGGCUCUUGAGCGGUUCUUACAGGUCAACAAUCUUUCUCAUGUGAUACGAGCGCACGAAGUACAGCAGGCAGGGUUCCAGGUUCAACAGAAGGGCAAGUUACUGACCGUUUUCUCUUCGUCACAUUACUGCGGGGGAUCGAAUGAAGCAGCAUGCAUCCUGGCUGAUAGGCAGAAAUUAAGAACGAUAAGACUCGAUACAUCAUGAGACAUUCCAUUGACUAUGUGAAAUCAGAAAAAUUGAUGACGAUCCCUCAUGAUGUCGGAUUGAAAUGCAUGGUGCUUCAAACAUGAUUUGAUUUCUAUUCUGAUGAAGUCAUGCAAAGAAAGAGUAAGGGCUUGAUACCCAAUGGGAGACACAAAUUGAAAUGUUUCAUGGUUCUUUGUUCUAAGGCCAUGUUUCAUUGUCUCUGAAACUGGAUUCUUUUCUCAGGAUGCAAGCAAUUGAGCCUGAUGAGUGCAAAUAUUGACAGCCAGAGUUUGUAAUUAAGGUAUAGAAAUGAUACAAUGUCAUCUUGGCAUGCAAUCUGGGUUUACUAGUUGUGAAUAUGAAGCUCUAUUGCGAGGUUACACCUGAAUGUUUUCAAGAUGGGUGUUGGAAGUCUUGCGCCCAAUGAGCACAAAUUUUGAUAGCCAGACGUUAGAAGGUACAAAUAUUAUGACAUUGUUACCUGUUGUCUUGGUUACUUAUUCAGAAAAGGAAGCUCUAGUGUAGGAUUUAAUAUGAAUAUUCUCAAGAGGGGUGCUAAAUUCUAGGGAUAUUCAUUGGUUUGAUCAUGGUGCAAUAUUGCUUGAAACCAUUAGUUUUGACAGCAUGAACCACAUACUGUUGAAAUUUAAAUUUUGAUGCUGUUUUGAGAGCAUUGGGUGAUUUUAUUUGUUGGUACUGGUGUUGGUGUUAAAAACACAAUUUAGAUUGUCUUUCAUCGCUCCAAAACAUACUUUUGAGUUUACAGAAAUGAGCAAAUAACAUUAUUGACAGCUCAAGACUUCACAAGGUUCAUUCCAGUACAAACUUCGUUUUCAAUUUUGUGCUAUUCUGACCUAAAAACUGACAAAACACCAAGACUUGGAGGUCAACACCGGAUUCGAAAUCAUCCUCAAGGAAAAGUUCUAUUACAUUUGGCCUAGAUAGGAUUUGAUAUUUACCUUGUUAACACCCUUGGGGUAAAGCUGAGGAACUUUACUUGUGACUUAUAAUUGCCAAAUACAUUUAAACGCCUUUUCUAGGUAAUAUUAAUUUUUUUCAGUAACUCCAUUUCCUCUCCCUUUAGUAAAAUUCAAGUUCUGCCACCGUAUUUUACAUGUAUGGUCAGUCUUUGAUAUUGGAUGGAAAGAUUUUUAAGCUUGAUGAUAAGCUUUAAAGACAUGAAUUAGGUUUGGAAUGUCUUCAUUUAUAAGAGAAUCUUGACAUUUUAGAUAAUCCUCACAUUCUUUUUUGAAAUCCUAAGAAUGAUUUUAAAAAAUGCAUGCUUUCUAUGUUUCUUUAAAAGAUUUUAUAUAACUAUAACACUGAUGGGGUUCAAAUUUUGAUUGUUUUUGUUUUUACAAACAAAAAUGAUGUGCAAUAUUCCUUAAACUAUUGUUUGUUCUUAGUUAACAUAAUAUUUGAAUACACUCUAUGAGUUAUAUUAUUUAUGUGUAAAUAUUUCAUGUUUGUUAAUCAAAGGAACUAUUUUCUUAUUAAGCCAAAGUGAUUGUUCUUUUACUGUGCAUAAAGUAUAUAUGCUUUGGUCUUGGUACCAUUCAUUUCAUCAAAUUAUUUUUUUUAUGGGGAAACAUGUUUCCAUUAUUUUAUCUGGAACAAGUAGUUUGCUGAAAUAAUACCUUGAGAAUCAAAGGCUUGAGUGUGUGAUAUGAUUAGAGAGUUUCAUCUAGGUAAAUCAAAUAUCUGAAAUCCCUCUGUGAUGUUGAAUUUUGUAAAGCAAGUGAUGAAAAGAAUCUCUAGAAAUAACAAUGCCUCUUUAGUACUGACUUGAAAUCCACAAUAAACAAUUGUGAUUUGAUGUGUGAACUGAUGCCUUUCCGGGUACUCUCAUGAAAGUGGAGAGUAGAACUUGGCAAAAUAUUGCCCUCAUUUUCUUCACUAGUUGUCUAUAGGGAAACCUGGAAGAGGGCAAUAUGACAGAUAUUGCCUGCUCUCGCUUUGGAGUCAAGGCAAAAUAUGACCUUUUAUUUUGCAGCUAAAAUGUCUUGUAUAGGUAGUAAUUAUAAUUUGUUUUGUUACUUUUAUCUCAUAAUGACUUGUUUAAAGAUGUACAAAGUUUUUGAUACUGUUUAUACUGAAAUGAUGAUAUGUACAUUUGUGAACAAAUGAUUAGUGAAUGCCUUUUUAGUGCAAAUGAGUUGGGUUACCUGCAACCAAUGCAUUGACUAGAGUUUUGUUUCAAUCAGAAACGAUUAAUUUCGUUUUAAUUUUAACUUAAUUACCCAGGGUAGCUACUUCAGUUGUAAGCUGUUCUCCCAGUGGGUCCUGCAUGAUAUAAUAUCUUGUUAUACAGCGUACAGUCUUUAUAUUAUAAAUGUUCGCAGACAUAAAUGCAUAAAACUGCUUGGUCUAUAAGACCGUUUUGUCUAAAAAAUUUGGGAAUUCACUUUAUCAUAUAAUGAAUAGAUAAUUUUUCUAGUUAGUCACAUUGCAUGCUACAGUACACAUCCUAUUUGAAAGAUCCCCCCUCCCCCCAAAAAAAAGAGAGAUAACCAACAUGAACAAAAUAUAAUGGAAUCCACAUUAAAGAUCAUCAAGAACCUGACAAAAAUUUACACUAAAUUAGUAAUUUUAAAACUACAUCGACCAAGGAAAUGUAAAAAUGUGAAAUGAUUGUUUACUAUUAAUGUACUUUUAUUUUAGAAUGGAUAUGGGGGGGGGGGGUUAGUGGAGACAACUUGUUGAACAGUGAUAUGUAUAAGAAAUUUAUCAGUAUUACUUAAAGAGUCUUUUUCAAUUAUGAUGCACAAGUGCACUUGUAUUACUUUGUAAUUUGAAAUGCUAGCAGAUGCACAAAAUAAUUAUGCUUUUAUAUAAUGCUGUGCCUUGUUACUUAUAUACUCUGACUCUUAAAUAUUUAAGCCAAUCUAGAGUAGUCGCAAUGAGCAAUAAUAUAGUCUUGAAAAUCCAGGUGGAAAAUUAGUAUUGUAUCAUGGAUUGAAUUCUGACAUAGUAUGUGCAAGGCAAACAUUGUGAAAUAAUGAAAUUAGUUGAAAUCUGAUUACCAGUAUGCUGAAAAUGCAAUUCAUCUUUCUACCAUUUGAACACAAUGCCUUGCUUAUUUUGUUGCUUACUGAACAAUUGCUAAUUUUAUAACAAAUCACAUUGGCACAGUUACUUGUUUAUUCAUACAUAUAUACAAAUACUUCAUGUUUACUUUGUUGGCAUCUGUUGGAAUUUAUUUUUAUGAUAGUGACAAUUAUUGUUUACCUUUGAGAAUGGUGCUUUCCUUUUUAGACUCUUAGACCCGGUUCUCAUUACUCUUUCUAAAACUCAUUUGCUGGAAACCGGUUCAAAUAACCAGUUUAGAAAAUCGCUUUGCUAGCGUUUCCAUUUGAUCACCCGAAAGUGGUUUUCAAAAUCACUUCACGUAAAGCGGUCUUGUUGCUACGGGAACGCUCUCAGUGGGGUGACACGUUUCAUGCGAAAUUUGAAAAUGCAGCGUAGGCAUUCUACACACAGUGUGUGGAGUAGCGCGCUCAAAAUGUGCGAAGAUCGCUUCCCGAAGAACUUUUGUGUCCUCGUUUACGCUAAAACUGGUGGAUUAACGAGGCAAAGCGAUCUUCAAAACUACAUUGCGAGGUGGUUUUCCGAAUCGGUUUGGAAGAUCGCUUCCAAGACCGCUUUGACCGAUCUCAUAACACUUUUAACUAGUUUCCAGUAAACUAGUUUUAGGAUGGUAAUGAGAAUGGUGUCUUACUCCUGACACAUGUCUCUAUAUUUUAUUCCAUUGAUGUGUGUAUUACCAUUUUACUGCAUUAGCAUAUCAUUUGUCAAAGCAAACUUUUUGAAAACUGUUCUUAUCCAAAAGGUGCACAUAUACUUACUAUAACUACAGUGUUUAGAUGUGAGUGUUCUAUAUGUGUGUGCAUUUUAAAAAAAGAAAUAUAUUUAACAGAAUUUACCUUGGUUUUGAAAAUUUACAUAAUUAUAUUUUAACUUAAAUGCUUUUUUAAAAGACAGGUUCAUGAGUUCUUAUCUUAUUUUUUUUCACUUCAAAGAAACACCAUUGAUUGGACAUUAACAAAAAAACUAUCUGAUUCCAAUGAAUUAUUAUACAAUUAUUGUGAUAGCUUUGGUAUGAAUUUUUAGUUGAAAUUGAAAAGCAAGUAAAUUUGAAUACAAGUGAGAUUUUUACCAAUCACCAAU